AUUUCAACUUAGCAUGGCUGGAUCUCUUGCGAAGUUCCCGUCAACUCUGUGAGUUCACCCACGUCUUUUGAAUUGUUACAACGAGUCAUAUCUAUGUGCUCGCCAGAGACAUUGGAGAACUUCCACAACUUUCUCACUAUCGGGGAGGCAACCCAAAUCUGCAGCCGUUUCCACAGCGAUAUAUGGCAGCCUGGAUGUCAAGUUAUGUGGAGCGGUGUGCCCCGUAACUUGGUGCAGACCUGGGCAGAUCAACACGGUAUGCAGACGUUGACAACAGUUAUGGGGCCGCUGAUGGUUCAUGAUCACGCACGGUGUUUAUGGUCCCUAAAGUCAAGCAAAGGGUGGAGUCGAUAUAUGAAGGGUGCAUCUGCUAUGUACGCCUAUCAUAUUGCUAAAGACGGAGGACUAGUUACUGUCCUAACACCGCCACCUCCUGACCUAUAUAACCCUUUCGGCGGAUCAAACUACCAAAUCGUGGAGGAGCCAAUCCUGAAAGGCAAAUUAGGGCCAAAAGUCUUGAAAAUUGAAAUGGUACAUCCGAGUAUACCCGGCGCCGAGGACUUUCACUACCAGAUAUGGCCGAACAACGAGACAACCGUAUGGCAUGACCACUUUGGGUAUCCUCCUCCAGCUACACACUGGCGACAUGCUGUGCAACGGCGAGCGUCACUUUGAGUCCGUAUUUGGAUAUCGGAAUCAACAUGAUGCGGUGGUGGUUUGUCUCCUGGACGGGAUUCAUUCUCAACUGGGUUGGAUGGUUCUGUCCCAUGGCAUCAUGGUAUGACGAGCUUAGGUUUCAAAAAUGAUCCAUUUGGUAGCUACUGAAAAAAAGGUAACUUCCAAACAACUCGAAAGCAGUACUUGAAUCCAGGAAAUAUUGCUCUGACUCAUCCUCCAAUUAAGAGCUCUGGAAACUGAAUCUUGUUGGUUGCUCAACAAU